GCAGGGAUAAUUCUUUCCUAUUUCUUGUUCCUUAAGUAUAUUUAGGGAAUGGUGCCUGAAAGGAAGUGUUAUUAAAGGACUCAGAUAUCACUCUUGACAGCCAUACUUCUAUAGAAUAAUAGUUUCGUUUUCGAAAUGCCGAUCCAAGAUGCACGUAAUUUCCGCCGACCGAGCGUCUGUGCGAGACACUGCAGAACCCUCAGGAAAUAGCUUUGUUUUCGCUCGUGCACAACCCUAUGACCACGGUGAGCAGUGAAAGGAAGUGAUUGAGAUAUUCUGUGGUAUUCUUCAUAUGUGACAUAUUCAAUUGCAAUUGAAAAAGAUGUUUUGAUGUGUCAUAGAAUACCUUGUAAUGGAAAGGUCAAGCAACCACCAUGGCCUGGGCACCUUCACUGCGCCAGCAGAACUCCGUAAACAUCCUCCACCUAUAAACAGGAAAGAUAGAGCUUGGACUGGUUCCUUAUUCAAGAGUAAAUGGCACAGACAGCUCAUGCAAGACAGAUUGGAUUUGUUGGCGGGCGGUCAAAAAGGUGAAUGCCAGAACCUUAUAGUUGUUAGCCUCCCACUCUUGGUAUGGAAUCCAUGAGAAUAAUCUGACAAUUAAUGUGUGAUGGGUCAUCCAGCCAUGGAGUUUGACAACUCUGGGCCCGGGAUUCGGGUGCAGAAAAUUCCUGCACAGAAUCUGGUGGUUCGGCUCUUCCAUCGUGAAAUUCACCGAAAGCCUCGACAGCAUGAGCACAGCAACCGCUACUUCUACCAGAACAUCACACCAAAUUUUACAGUAACCAAUGUUCAGAAGCCUCCUUGUUUCUUGCGGAAAUUCAGCCCAGAUGGAAGGUUUCUUAUUGCAUUUUCUUCUGAUCAAACAAGCAUAGAGAUAUACAGGUACAUGGGACCAUCUGCUGCUGCUGAUCUUCUGCACUGGUGUGAGGGGACAAGUGUGUUGAAGGAGAAUGAGCAGAAGACAUUUGAAAUAAGAAGAAAUAUUUUUGAUCGCUUCUUCAAGCUCACACAUACAGUCAGUGUGGCAACUAACUGUGAACAACUCAAUAGAGAGUGUAGUUUAUUCACAGACAAUGGCAAGUAUGUGAUAGUUGGGUCUGCUUCAAUUGAUGAUGCAAGCAGUAUUGACCACUUCGACAUGUACAGCAAUAAUGAAUCUGUCACUCCAAACCCUCGGUAUCCCCUAGAAGAUUACACAUUACACAUUGUUGACAUUGAAAUGGGAUGUCUGGUCAGUUCACGAACUUUCAAACAUGACAAGAUUUUUCUCUCUCACAACCAAGGUCUCUAUCUUUACCGUCAAACUUUGGCUGUUCUCUCUGUGCAGCACCAGACAAUCCACAUAUUUCAGAUUACACCAGGAGGAAACUUUCUUGAUAUACGUACAAUAGGACGAGUCUGCUAUGAGGAUGAUGAUUACUACCUUUCAACUGUGUUGCCUGACCGGAUGCAAGCUACAUAUCAGCAUGGAAGAGAGAAACUUAUCAAUUCCUUAAAGCACAGACUGCUGGUGUUCUUGUUUCGGAGAGCAGAAGCCAUCAGUAAGGAAGAAGGCAAUCCACGUGCCCUAAGGGAGUAUUAUCAUUACUUCGACCACCUUUUCCUCCUGCGCAUGUGGAAGAUGCAGCUACUUGAUGACGUCCAUUUGCUUAUCAAAUAUGCAUCAGAGGAAGUGGUGACAUUACGGACAGCAGAGCCCAAUGGACAACCUUUGUUUUUUGUGGUAUACAAUAUGAUUACAACGGAAGUGCUUGCUGUAUAUGAAAAUACAUCCUCAGAAUUAUUAGAUUUAUUUGAAAAAAUGACAGACUUCUUCAGAAAUGCAAGAUUAUCAUGUGAAUCGCAGUUCACUUGCUCUCCAUCGAACAACAACUGGGCUAGAUUAAUUCACAAGAGAUUUAAGAAGACGAUUAUCAGUGCACGGGGUGGGGGUGUGACAGUGGCUACAAAAAGACUUUUGGGUCAGUUGCCAAUCUCAGCACAGUCGUACUCAGCUUCUCCCUAUUUAGACUUAACACUCUUCUCUUAUGACGACAAAUGGGUAUCUGUGAUGGAACGCCCAAAGAGCUGCGCAGAUCAUCCCAUCAGGUUCUAUGGCCGUGACUCCGGCCUCAUCAAGUUCAGUAUUCAUGCUGGACGUGGCAGUCUCUUUGGAUCUUCAACAUCCUUAUCGUCCACCAGAAGCCUUGUGGCCUUUACCUUUCAUCCAGCUGAUCCAUUCACCAUAUCUGUCCAGCGAGCAAAUGCAGAUUAUGUUGUGAACUUUCACUUGAGACAUAAACCAAGCUGACAGGGAUUUUACUCUAGGAGUGAGCUUGUGAUUCUUUGGAAUAUAGAUGUCUCUAAAGAUGUCAAGCUCUUUCUUUACUUUUUUAUCUGCUUUUGUUGCAGUUACCUUUAAAAUAAUGUUAUAGAAAUACAUUUGAAGUGAUGCUUCUAAGGAACUUGAAAUAAGUAUAAUGUAUUGCUGUCUAAAAGGCAAGUCUCAUAGAAAUAUCUUGACUUUCAAUGAUGUAAUAUAGAUGAUUCUUCAGUCUGUAUUGUUGAUUGUUUAAUUUUUUCUCUGGGCCCAAGAUUUCAAGGUCAUUUUAGUGACUAUAUAAUCAAUGAGACAAAGCCGUAGGAUCUUACAGAUAUGGAUUUUAUCUUAAUUAAAAUGUGUAUAUAGACUAUUUACAGUACUCACCUUAGUUACAGAAACAUGUACUAAACUCAGAAAAAGUAUGAAACAGCAGUUAGAAAAGUUGUUUCUUCUUUAAGGAUGUUAUAGCUUUAAUUUUUUUUUAAAUCAGAAAAUAUCACGACAACCACUGUUUGAGUUUUUCAAUAUAAUCAUUCCUUUAUUGAUUAAAACUCAUUUUAUUUUGAUUAGAAGCCAUCUUAAUCCAGUGCUGCUGGAAGUGGCAUGUACAUACGUGCCAUCAAACUGCAAGUUUAGUUUGUUAAUUGUCUUUACGCAUAGGUGGUUCCAAAGUACUAAGUCACCAAUGAGCCAGUUACAACUACUACCUAUCACAUGUUUACCCUUUACUUUGAGUUUUGGAAAGAUUUUUCUGGAAUCAUAUUUUGCCAUUAGUAAUGUCAAUAAAACUAUAAUUAUAUUAUCAAUAAUAAUAAUAUUAUUAUCAUCAAUAUUGAUAGCAUUAGUAAAAAUCAAGUUUUUACUGCAAACUCAAGGAACAUUGAAUGCAUGUGAGGUCACAGUAUAUAUUUAUAGAUUCCUUUGUGGCUAAGCACUUGUGGAGCCAUCUAUGUGGAGAAACAUUUCGCAAAACAAUACAAUAGUGAACAUAACAUUUUCCCGGCAACGUGGGGUUGAGAAAUGUCAUAUUGGAAGCUUUAAAUGUACUAGGUUUUUGUGCAAUAAAAGAAUUAAGGAACUUUUAUUUAAAAAAAAUAAAUAAAUAAAUAAAUAAAUAAGUAAAAUAAAAUACUAAGGUGAUAUAUAAGAAUCAGGAAAAUUGCAUUGUAUAAUCACAUGCACUCACACAUAGACACACAUGCAGUUGCCACAAUCCGUACCACAUAUACACAUACACAUUCAAACAAACAAACAAGCAAACAACCCCCUCACACACAAAUAUAUAAAACAUGAUGUAAAGGGUUUAAAGGGUUUAACUUUUUUGUUAUAUAUUGUUAUAAAGAUCAGUUAAGGAUACCUUAUUUCAUAUAUUUUAUACAGAUGUGCCUCCUCAUUAUAUAUAUUAUUUUUAUACUAAUAUCGAAUAAAGUUGUGAAUACUUUUGAUAA